UCAUUGAUUCGGGUUAUUUCGCUGCGAGUAGUUGAGAGGGCAGGUAGGAAAAACGAUCUAAUUAUGCUUGCGGAAAAGGAUCAGCUCGUUUCGGCAGACGAAGAAAAGAUCAAGACAGUAGGAAGAAUGACCAAUGUCGCUUUUCGAUUAGGAAAGGUGCAUGCGCUAGGAGAUGUCGUGGUAUUAGACGUAACCACCUACGACGUCCUUUUCGGCCUUCUCGCUCUUGUGGCGUUACGAGCAAACCUGGAUUUCGAGCGACGGUCAAUCAUCCUCCGAAAUACGGGAGGAAAACCCUAUGUUGUACCUAUGAGGCUGACUCUUCGUACUACCAUCAACGCAGUCCCGCGAGUUUCUCUGAUGAUAGGGGGAACUCUUCGCAUGAUCACCUCGGAAAACUCCGCAGACGAUGAGCCAUCAUCGAAGGAUGCAGAUAGCAGUGACGAAAAUAAUCCGGAAAUUCUGGAAUUGGCACGACAGCGCAUUUAUUACCCGCCGCCCAGAACGAUCGCAAAAACGAUGCAUUUAACCAGUCGGAAUAUACAAAGGACCAAAGCGGUGAUUUUGGGUGAACCCCUCGUACAGAUUUCGAGGAUGGUCGAUUCUUUGGAACCCUCUCAAACCCUGUACGAAGGAAUCACCCCUCUCCUCGCCCGGUAUAACAACAAAAGGCACUACUGCGAUAUCACAAAUCUCCCGAAGUCCCUGUUGACAGCCGCAAAAGAAGUACGACUGCUACGCCUGGGGGCGGAGGCCAGUUCUUUGGAACCCCCUGAGCGUUUCGAGGCUGAAUCAGAUGAGCUCGGAGUUAAGAUCGCGACUCAAACCGUACCAUGGCAAGAUAUCUGCGAUGGAAUCACCCUGGAAGGACACGUGGCCAUCCGGGAGGAAGACGCCCAGAUGAUGGCUACGGUGUUCUCCUGGCAAUCAGACCAUUCGUUUAUCUUUGCGCCACCACUUGAUGUGGCAAAACAAGCGCACACGAAGCAGAUCGACGUACGGAUCUGGGAUCAACUUUUCGAAUUACACAUUCCACAGUUCGUACCUGAUGAGAUUCAUCGUUUGAUUGCGGACAUUCUGACGGAGUAUCGGGGAGCAACUAGUGUAACGAACACUGACAUCGCCUUACCGUUGGUCAUUUAACAUGAAAUCCAGACGGGAAAUCAUUCCCCAAUUCACUGCAAGCCUUGCCGAU